ACCAAAACCCUCUCUUUCCAAAAACCCAAACCCUUGGCGGCUGUGAGACCCGUUGUUCCCAUAUCACUCUGUCUCUACCAAUCUUUCUUAGGGUUUCUCUCUCACUCACUCUCUCUCUCUGUUUAUUCCUAAAACCCCCUUUUAGCCAAAUUCUGUGUUGUUAGGGUUUAAUAUCGAAGCAGAAGAGCGGAGAUAAAAGAUCUAAAAAUCCGGUCAUGGCAACCGUUUCUCCUGCGGAUCAAACAACAGCAGAGUUGCUUCAGAAGUUGACCUUAGAUACCCAAGCCAAGGCUUUGGAUAUCCCUGAGCCUACCAAGAAGCCAACUGCUAACCAGUUUGGUUCAGUUGACUCGAGUAAUGCUGCCAAUGGUCAGAUCCCACCAUCCGAGCGGUCUCUGACCCCAGUCCUACAGGACUUCAUGGAUCCUUCAGUAUGUUAUGUCCCAAAUGCUGCUUAUCCUUCCUACUACUAUGGAGGAGCCUAUGAUGGUUCCAGUAAUGAUUGGGAUGACUACUCAAGAUACGUGAAUCCAGAGGGAGUGGAGAUGAACACUGGAGUUUAUGGGGAUAAUGGGUCUCUUAUGUAUCAUCACGGUUAUGGGUAUGCACCCUAUGGUCCAUAUUCACCAGCUCCAUCCCCAGUUCCCACCAUGGGAAAUGAUGGUCAGCUGUAUGGACCACAGCACUACCAGUAUCCGCCCUAUUUUCAGCCGCUUACACCAACUAGUGCACCUUUCACUCCUAGUUCCGCAGUUUCUCAAAGCGAGGUCUCUACUUCAGUAGCUGCUGAUCAAAAACCUCUGCCUGUUGAAACAGCUAAUGGGAAUGCUAAUGGUGUUGUAAACACUGGCAACAUGAAGGGGAAUAAUGGUUCGGCUCCUGUAAAACCAGCAUACCAGAACUCGUCUUUUAAUUCAAAUGGUUCGUAUGCAAGGGGACCUUUGCCAGGUCGUGUUUCUACUCCUGGUUAUCAGGAUCCGAGAUUUGGUUUUGAUGGUUUACGUUCUGGAAUUCCAUGUUUAGAUGCACCACUUUUUUCAGAUUGGCAGCCCAGGCCGGUGACAAGCUCAACUAUCACUUCAAUUUCAAAUGGCAAUAACGUUCCAUCGGCAAGGAAUCAAAAUUAUCGUCCAAAUACACAGUUCAUGGGAGUGCACCACCCUAGAACGUUGACACCGAUGAGUCCGGCUUACAUUAAUAGAAUGUAUCCAAACAAGCUAUAUGGCCAGUAUGGCAAUGCGAUUAGAUCUGGCAUGGGCUUUGGAUACGGGUAUGAUUCACGAACAAAUCAACGAGCGUGGUUAGCUGUUGAUGGCAAGUACAAGCCAAGGGGGCGAAAUGGUGGCUACUACGGAUAUGGUAACGAGAACAUGGAUGGUUUAAAUGAAUUGAACAGAGGGCCUAGAGCCAAGGGUUCCAAGAACCAAAAGGAUUUUGUACCCCCUACCCUUGCAGUCAAGGGGCAAAACCUGCCAACAAAUGUUACUAGUGACAAGGAGAAGGACAAGACCAUUGUUGUUCCGGAUCGUGAACAAUACAAUAAAGCAGAUUUUCCCGAGCAGUAUGCUGAUGCCAAGUGUUUCAUUAUCAAGUCUUACAGCGAAGAUGAUGUUCACAAGAGCAUCAAGUAUAAUGUUUGGGCAAGUACUCCCAACGGCAACAAGAAGCUUCAUGCUGCAUACUCGGAGGCUCAGGAGAAGCCUGGCAGCUGUCCUGUAUUCCUCUUUUUCUCGGUCAAUACUAGUGGGCAAUUUGUUGGCCUAGCGGAGAUGAUAGGACCAGUUGAUUUCAACAAGAAUGUUGAGUAUUGGCAACAGGACAAAUGGAAUGGCUGCUUCCCUGUCAAGUGGCAUAUUGUUAAAGAUGUACCCAACAGUUUGUUGAAGCACAUUACGCUUGACAACAAUGAGAACAAACCUGUGACAAACAGCAGGGACACUCAGGAGGUCAAGCUGGAGCCAGGGCUUAGAUUGAUUAAGAUAUUCAAGGAGCACUCGAGCAAAACUUGCAUUCUUGAUGAUUUUGGCUUUUAUGAGACUCGCCAGAAGACAAUUCAGGAGAAGAAAGCUAAGCAACAGCAAUUUCAGAAACAGGUGUGGGAAGGAAAGCCCAUGGACGAGAAGAAAGAAGUUGCAAAUGGGGAGUUGAACCCGAAGCCAUCCGAGUUAGUUGCAUCAGAGGUCACUAAGGAGGCUUUGCCAACGACCACUGCAGCCCAAGCUGGUGACAACGUUAAGAUUGCUGAGAAUGGACCUGCUACCACAACCACAACGGGGGAUGCCCCAAAGGGUGCAAAGCCAGUAGUUGUGGCCGAGAAGAGGAAUGUUGCGAACGGGGUUGCUAAUGGUUGCUAGUCUCUGCAAAGUGCAAGACGGCAUUCCUCGCUCUCCAUGUAGUUUUGUUACAAAAAAACGUCAGAAAGUUCUUGCUUGCUGCUGAAUAUACUUAGAGGGCAAGUUUCUGGCAAAAAGUAAAUUCUGGGUAUUUCUGGGACUGCCAUUAAAAUCAUUCAAACAAGCUUUUGGUCCUGCUAUGGAGAGAGUCAAUAAUUCAUUGAGAGAGGAGGAAUCAAUCUUUGGUGGAUAGAAGGAAGUUGGUGGUGGGGUGUCUCAUGUAGAAUUGUGAAGCAAUCUAUGAGUUUUUUACAAGAAAGAAUCUCAAGUUUCCAACCCUUUUUUCUUUUUCCUUUUUUAUAUUUUGCUACUACAGUGGGUUUAGCUCCUAACAAGGUUUUGAGAUUGCUAGGGUUUUGGGGUUGUAGGGUUUCUUGUUUUUUUUUUUUUUUUAGUUGGGUUUAUUAUUAAGGUAAUCUGUCUUUUUGGGUUUAAAUUUUUAUUUUAAUUUUUUUUUGGUUGGCUAUUUUCCCGUCUUGUAAAUCAAGAGCUUUUUCCAUUGCGGGGUCAGCUUUGAUUUUCUUCUGUUGUAAGAGAGAGAACUGGAAAGCAAGGUGGGAAAUAUAUAUUACAAUAUUAUAUAAUAGUCAAAAGCAGCUUAUAUAUAUUUUUAUUA